GUUCCUGGCGGUGAAGACAAGGUUCCUGACGGUGAGGACAAGGUUUCUGGCGGUGAGGACAAGGUUCCUGGCUGUGAGGACAAGGUUUCUGGCGCUGAGGACAAGGUUCCUGGCGGUGAGGACAAGGUUCCGGGCGCUGAGGACAAGGUUCCUGGCGGCGAGGACAAG